CUCGCGAGGGGAGGGAACCCGCGGGCGGACGCGGCGCUUCUGCCUCCCCGUCCCGUCCCGUCCCGCCCCGCGCCGGCUCCGCUCGCCGCCCGCCCGUGCCGCCCGCCGCUGGUCUUCGCCACCCCGCCUGGCCGGGCCCGCCGCAGGCCUGAGAGAGGCGGGAAGGAUGCCCUGCACACCCCGCCGCUGAGGGAGACGCGGGGGCCCUGAGCGCCGCGUCUGGCCAGCCCCACCCCAGCCGCUCCUCAGCCCUCCGCCUCCGGCGGCGCGGAGCUUCCUUCUCCCUUCUCCCCGAAUUUCCUCUCUCCUGGGCUGAGCACGAGCCGCUUUCCCCCCUCGCCCCAGCCCGCGCCGCCUCCCAGGCCUCUCUGCCCAGGCCUUCCCUUCUCCGGGUCUCUUCCUCUGCCUGGGCCUUCGGGCUCCUCACCUUCCUUCCUCCCCUCCCUUCCCCUUCCCCGGCCGGAGCCAUGUCCUCCGCCGCCCGUUUCGAUUCGUCGGACCGCUCCAGCUGGUACGUGGGCCCGGUGUCCCGGGCGGAGGCGCAGACGCGGCUGCAGGGGCAGCGGCACGGCAUGUUCCUGGUGCGGGACUCGUCCACCUGCCCGGGCGAUUAUGUCCUGUCGGUGUCCGAGAACUCCCGCGUUUCCCACUACAUCAUCAACUCCUUGCCCAACCGCCGCUUUAAGAUCGGCGACCAGGAGUUCGAGCACCUGCCCGCCCUGCUGGAGUUCUACAAGAUCCACUACCUGGACACCACCACCCUCAUCGAGCCCGCACCCAGGUAUCCAAGUCCACCCAUGGGAUCUGGAUCUGCCCCUGCUAUGUCCACUGCAGAAGAAAACGUGGAGUAUGUUCGGACUCUCUAUGACUUUCCUGGCAAUGAUGCCGAGGAUCUUCCAUUUAAAAAGGGCGAGAUACUGGUAAUUGUGGAGAAGCCAGAAGAACAGUGGUGGAGCGCCAGAAACAAGGAUGGUCGGAUUGGGAUGAUUCCCGUUCCUUACGUAGAAAAGCUAGUCAGAUCUUCUAUUGGGAAGCAUGGAAACAGGAAUUCCAACAGUUAUGGUAUUCCAGAACCUGCCCACGCUUAUGCUCAGCCUCAAACCGCAAGUCCCCUUCCCUCAGUAUCCAGCACACCUGGAGCAGUGAUCAAUCCUCUGCCAUCAACACAGAACGGACCAGUCUAUGCCAAAGCUAUCCAAAAGAGAGUACCCUGUGCUUAUGACAAGACUGCGCUGGCAUUAGAGGUUGGAGAUAUCGUGAAGGUAACAAGGAUGAACAUAAAUGGUCAGUGGGAAGGAGAAGUCAACGGUCGAAAAGGGCUGUUCCCCUUCACACACGUGAAAUUAUUUGACCCUCAAAACCCAGAUGAGAACGAGUGACUCCCUCUGCCCGAUUUACACUGCUGCUUCAUUUUCCUGGCUGUCAUUAGCAUUGUUUGAGGUGGGAUGAUGACUUAAUGGCACAUUUGCUAGCGUUGCCCAUUUUCCAGCUUGCUGCAGUUUGACGGUUCUUUUAAUAUACAUUUGGAAUACAUACAACUGAAGUCACUGCCUGACCUUCAUACCGUAGUUGCAUCAUCCAGAAUUUUAGUUUCACUUUUAAAACUAUUGGGCCUUAAGCUGGAGAAGACUGAACCGGAAUAUUAGCAGAGAGGUAUGGGAAGAAAACCUUUCCUCUUGAGACUUCCAUGGACUUUUUCUAGUUUGCUCGGUAGGAAGAGCCCUAAUCUUAGAUCAAACAUGCAAGUCGUGUAUUACUGUCCAACAAAAAGCAACAACAAAAAUGCAAUUUUAGGACUGAAGAAGAUUUAGUUUUAAAAUUACCUGUCCUAAGGUAGUACAUUUAAAAUGAUGGUCUCUUCAAAGGACAAUAAUUGGAGCUUAUGUAUUCUAAGCAGUUGUAUUAGACACUGCUCCUUUCUGUUAACUCUUAAGCUUGUCGUUGACCUUCCUGAAACAGUGUGUGUUUAAAUGCAAAUAACCAUUGAUUGAGCUGCAUUGAAGCUGAGGCAUUUAUUUAUAAGGAAACUUAGGAGGGGUUGAUACUUGUAACCUGGUUUUGACGUAUUUAAUGAAUUUCUGUUGAUUUUUGCAAGCACUAACUGUAGAAAGUGAGCUUUAAGGGGAAACACUUUGGCCUGGUCUACAUACAGCUCUUCUGCAGUGUUGAAAGUGUAGUUUUACUAGUAUAGAAGUGCUCAUCUAUUACUUGAUAGAUCAGAUUGCCACGGCGUGGAGAGGUAGGAGAGGAGCAGGACAGAACAACUUGAUAAAUACUGAUAAAAUCCUCUUACUUCAACAAUUAAACACCCCUCAUAUCCAUUUCUCUGUAGGCUCCCUGCUCUCUCCAAAGUUUCCUAACUAUGCCAGCCCCAGCUCAUUGAAAGCUCCUUUUCAAACACAGUACCUUUUUUUCCAGGGUGUCUCUGUGUUGCUGUGCUUCUCUCCCAGGGCUGCUUUCAUCUUCUUGGUUUUCUUCCCUCUUCUUCCUUGCUUGUACCCCAAGUCCUCUGCAUGUUAUCACAGGGUUUUUUUACCCUUCCAAAUGAGUUGGCUCUGGUUUAUAUAUGCCCCAGGUCCCUCCCCCUCCCAGCAUCCUCUAGAAAAUGGUUAAUUGGAGUCAGCUGCCUGGGUUCCCCAUGUGAUAAGUCAAUGCUCAGGCUGGAGGAGGCCACAAAGGUGUCUGUUAUCAGUACAGCUUCUUCCCUGUUUCUGUCCCUAAGCUAUCCUGCUGUAAUUGUACCUACAGCAGGGAGCACGUGGCUGCAGGAGGUGCAGUCCAUGCCAUGCAGGUGCUCAUCCUGGGCCUGGGUGCAGGAUAUCAAAGCGUAGGUGCAGCGGAAUCCUGUGCCACCUUCUUCAAAUGUGUGUUGUAGGUGAACUGGAAUGCUCUUUUUAAAAUGAUGGAACACUGAAUUAACAGAAUACGUGUCUGCAAAGACUACAACCAGAAAACCUCCCUUUUCAGACAGCCUGGUUAAAGCAAAUGUCUAAUGUGGAAGCUACAGGAAAACAGCGGCCCCCAUUUUUCAACUUUUGAAGGCUAUCAGUUGUAGCAAAAUGAGAAACUUCAAACACCUGCUUAUAAAUGUCAAAUGAUAUAAACAUUGUCCUAAGCUCCAGUACAUUUUCUUGUUGAUUUGUGUUACUUAUCCUAAUAAAACCACGUUGUUCUUAGUUCACAUGGAAGUGCCACGAGAUCCUAAGCUGGAAGGCACUGAAGAACUGCAAAAAUGGCAUUUGCAGCAAGACGCUCAAAGUGCCGGGUGUUAGAGAAGUCUCUCCGUUCACCUAUUAGCUGUUUUCUGUAGUAUUGAUCAAGUGGCUGACAGUCUAGAAGUUCUUGUAGAGCAUUUUACUACCAAAUUAACUGUGAAGUAGAGUAGCAUUGACUGAAUUGUUUGGUGCUGUAAUUCUUGACAAUAGGCAUUGACAUUUUGUCUUGCAAAGAGAAGCUAUGCAGCUCUUAACUAAAGAAGGUCAUGCUUUUCCUGUGCCCCUACGAUACCCACACGUUUACUACACAGAUUGUACUACUGAAAGUCAUCUUUUGAAUACAGAAACUGCACUAAACUCAGUCUGCUGCAGAGAAAUCUUAUUUCAGGCCUGACCUAGUUACAGGCAGCUCUUCAGAAGACUGAUGGUUGAAUUCUUCCUUUGCGCGGUAAAUAAAUACUGUGAGAUUUGAGAUCUUGAACACAGCUUCUAACCUGAUUUUUUUUUUUCACUGAAAUAAACGUCUUGACUCAUCCCCUCGCUGAAUAAGGUGUGCGCUUUGAACACAGAUGUUGGUUUAGGUUUAAUUAUGUUCUGCAGAAAAGCAAAACAUUUUCCUUCAAAACUAUGCAAAAUUUGUGUGUAGUGGCAUCUGAUGCAAAGACAAGAAUUCUUAAAUUUCUGUGAACCUGGUUUUAGGCCACGAAUGAACAGUGUUUCUCCGAGUAGCAGUGGUGUGGUUCAGGUAUGUAAAAUGUGGUUUCAAUGUAGCAUACUGACCAGCCUAAGCUGAUUGUAACCUUGCUUCAAAAUGUGUCUUGGCUAUUUUACUAUGAGACAAGUAUUUUCAUAUAAAGACUGCAUUUGAUCAGUGUGUGUUUCUCUUUGAAGGACUCUGGAUUCUCAAUCGCUUGUCGCUUGCUUACACGUGUGCUGUCUGUUGCUUUAUGAAACCUCUUAAAUUGGAGUGAUAACCUAUCAGUGUAAAUGUUCUUGGGCGUGUAAGGUAACCUUACUAUGAAGCAUGAGAGCCUACAAGGGAUGGCUUCAAUCUAUGCACCAUUAAAGUUGUUCUUGCUUUGGAACUCAGAGCUGGUGUAAUGACCUGGUGCCACAGUAGGCUUAGUGCUCGGCUUCCUCCUGCUGUGUACAUGUGUAUAUAGACGUUGAAGCCUCUGACCAGUCUGAAAGUUUAAAUGAAGACUGUUGUAAUCAGUGUCCAUCACUGGAUAAGCGCUAAUUUAAUUCAUGAUUGUUUACAAAUUGGGAAAGAAUAAACAAAAGGGAAUAUCCUGUUUGGGUUGGGGCUCUGAAGAGCCUGAGCAUUAUUUUUGUAAAGGGAAAAACAGCAUUCUUUGUGCCAUUUCAUGUGCCUGUAAAUGAAUUUUUAUAUUGUAUUAACAUCCUGGGAAUGAGUGGGCUGCCUUUGUUUUCUAGUCCAGUUUUCAAGCAUUUUCCACAAUUACCUGCAUUUGAAAGUGAGACCUGCCUAAAAGACUGCCUUUUGGGACCAGUGAAAGCGUUCCUGUAUAGUUGUCAUUUUCUGUUUAUUUGUGUUAAAGUGUGUUUUGGGUCAAGGAUACAAUUAUUGCAGUGGGAAAGGUGGCCUUGUAUUUGAGACAGUCUUCACUGUGUAAACUUUUAAACACAAUAUGUAAUUUAAAGACCAUGAUCUUCAGGCAAUAAUAUUAAGUGUAAGCUUUUAAAAUUUAUUUUGGGGAUCAUAGCUUGUUUUAUUUUUUGUGCUAUGAAAUUAACAGUAUUAAAUGAAUUAUAUUCUUAGAAUAUAUGGAGUGUCUUUUCUUAAGAUUAGUGCCUUUUUAAUUUCUUACUCCACUUAAAUCAUAGAACUGGUCCCAACAUCAAGCCACUGUGUUUUUUUCCCCAGUGCCCUGUUUGUACAGUCUAAAUAAAACUCGCCUCAACUUACAGUAUUAUUUGUUGUCUUAAGUCUUAAAACCUUGACAAGAACAGCAGAGUAUGUAAGCCCUUACUCUGUCAUUAUGAUGCCCUGUUUUGUGGGUGAACAGAGUGCCAACUGAAGUGUUCCGGAAUCAAAGGAAGAAUUAAGCAGGAGAAAACGCUGUUGCCAGGCUGAAUGAUACUCCCUUGUUUCAUCCUCGUGCCUCUCUCAGACUACUCUGCUGGGCUCUGGAGGUUCACCUGAAAAAGAUGCAUCUCUGGUUAUGCAGAUUAUCACUGUCUCCUCCACCCUCACGCCCGACACGCCAGUGAUCUUCCUCCACUGUACUUAACGCUGCUCUUUGGCCAAGGCUUGUAAGGGUCUCUGGAAAUUAUGACCUUUGUUUACUGUGACACCCUUGACUGUGCUUGUAAGAGUGACUGAUUUAUGCAAAUGGUUUGAAUUUAGGUUAUUGAGUAAAUAAGGUGUAACCGUGCAGGUGCGGGAGAGGGCAGUGACUGGCAUCCUGGCCCCUGCUGAGAGGUGCCAGUGUAACACAUCAGAAGCGUCUCCUUUUGGAAGUGAGGACCCGGAUCCUGGUCGCCUUUUGCCUUUUUAGUCAAUCCAGAUCAAGAGUAGCACUAACAAAACUAAAGGAUUUUCAGUUAAAUCAUUAACAAGGUGUUGAUACUUGAGAUGAUCCUGUAUAGGAGGAAAACUUGAGAGGAACAUCAGACACUCAACUGCUGCAAAGGAGAAGCCUACAAAGCUUGCAUUGGCUCCCUGGACUCUGUAGGUAUGGUGACAGCCUUGUGUUUGUCUUCUCUGGAGUACAGAUUUCCAUGUGAUGUUAAUAAACAUUCAUAGCCAACUCUG